UUAUCCUUUUGGUUCAUUUCGUUUGAGUGAAGAACUGCAAAACAAAAACCAAAAAAUUCGUCCCGAGGCGUUACAUCACGGUCGAACACGAAUACCACGGGUUUUGUCCGAAAUGCCUGAUCCCGUAGUUCAUCACAUUGAGCUGUGCGUGUUUGAUGCUGAUGAUGCUCUGAAUCGAUUGAGAAAAUUUGGAUUUAUUCUUUUUGCAAAAAGACAAACUGCUUCAUGCAAACAGCUCGUCGCAAGACUUGGUACAGUUUUUUUUGUAAUUACAGAGAGGGGUCUUCAUUACAAACCACACAGUCUUUGGAAAAAUGUCGGAGGUGAAACUCUUCGAGCAGAGCCCUUGACAACAUUGUGUUGUGAAGAUUCCCCUGCUCAUGAAGUGGAUACUGUGUUCAAUUUAGCCUUUUCCGUCAAGAUGAGUGACGUCAAAGAUAUUAGUGAACGCAUUUUGAGUCAGGGAGGGCAAAUCAUACAAGCUCCAACAGAAAUGUCAGACGAAAAGGGCACGGUGACGUAUUCGAUUGUUAAAUCAAACUGUGGGAAUAUUAUCCAUACUCUUAUCAAUACAGAUCAAUAUAAUGGAGAAUUUCUCCCAGGAUUUGAUAUUAUUGAUCAGUGUGACUCUUCAAAUGAUCUGAAAAUAUAUGGUAUAGAUCAUGUAACCUUUGCUUGUUAUUCCGGAAAUUCUAUACAAGUAAUUGAUUUCUAUGAGAAAUGCUUUGGUAUGAAUCGUUUUCAGAUUAGCAGCAAUGACGAUGGGAAUAACGGCCUUAUUAUUUCGGAUGGUGUUGGUUUGAGACUUAGAGCGAUGGAGUAUUGGAGAUGUGCUGAAACUGGCCUAUCUUACAAAAAGAAAGACUGUAAUGAAAACGCUUUUAUGUUAGUCGUGGUCGAAAGUCUGCAAGGGCAAACUAACUGUAAUGUUGAAGCUUAUUUGAGGCAUCACAGAAAUGAAGGUAUCGAACAUGUUGCUUUUAAAACAAAUAAGAUCGUGGACACGGUCUCCAAAUUGAAAAACAGAGGAGUCAUCUUCCGAAAUCCUCCAAGAGCUUAUUAUGAUGAGCUCAGAAAUAUGAAAAAGAUAUCUGAAUUGGGUGAAGAUCUGAGCGUACUUUCGGAACUCGGUAUUUUACUUGACAAUGAAGAUGAUGCAGCAGAUGAGAAUGGAAGUCCAAAGAAAAAGUACCUGAUGCAAAUUUUUGCUAAGCCACUCUUCGAUUUGAAAACAUUUUUCAUCGAAAUUAUCCAACGAUCUGGAGCCAGAGGUCUCGGUUCGGGGAACAUAUUGGCACUUGUCAGAUCCAUCAGAGAAGAAGAGAGGAGAAAUAUGAUGAAAAGUGAAGGAAAGACGCAAGAAAUCACCAAGGAAAAUUUUACAAGUCCGAGACAAUGUUAAUAAUCUUCAAUUUGGAUUCAUAAGAAUAAAAACAAUUUCUCUGUUUUCUCAUUUUCCCAGCUAAGCAACUUUCGGUACUUCUUCGUUAAUGGAACUCUAGUCAUGUUCAAGCCGAAAUCUGAGCUUUAUUUGUCUUGCUACCGUCAUUUACUUCUAAGAAAGCUUCCGUUUAGAUUUAGUGAUCUGUAGCUCAGAUUUGGCAGAAUUUGUCUGGUGUUCCAGAAACAGAAAAGUACUUUUCCUUUUCAAAAAUUCUGUCUACUGUGUUUUAUGUUAAGCUAGAGGUUGACAUUAAAUCACGACUUUCUAAUGCUAUAAUUGUGAAAAUCUAAAGAGGAGAACAGAGAGCAAGAUGAAUUUAAAUGAAUUUACUGAAAUGAAUUCAAAUUACUCUUGGUAAUCAAAUAUUUAUCAAAGUUAUUUCAUUUUUAACAUUUAUUAAUCAAAAAAAUUUGAAUUAUAAAUUUGUUAAUCCAAAAAAAUUUUCAUUAGCUAAAAGCGGAUAGUUUUGAAAAUCAGUAUUAAUCAAUCUGCAAUAAGUGUGAAUUAAUCUCUCUGAUGGUAUAGAAGAUCUAAAAUGUCAAUGUUUCCAAUAUAAUUUCUUAGAAUGAAAAACUUUAAUUUAUAUACGGAAAUACUUUGUUGGCUGGAAAUUUUAAUAAAAAUAUUUUGCAGCAUUCUUGUAUUAAAUAAACUUUUUAAAAAAGGAAAUAUCUGCAAAAAUUCCUUCUGAGUAAGUGUUUUAAUUUGACAUUUAAGUUAAUUCUUUCUUACCUUCAGGAGACAAAUUAUAAUUAACGUAACAUUUCAGAAAUCUCGUGUUAAUACACAUAAAGCAUAAACUUUAUUUCAUUUUUUUUUAUUCUGCAUUAAAUUUGCAUAAUAAUAAUACAUGUAAACGCUGAAGAAAUAUAUGUUUGGUUCCUUAAAUAGGUAUUAAAACUCUGUUAAUAAGAGUUCUUCCUUUAUAAUCUGGCUUUGUAAUAGUUACAUUUAUAUAAAGUUUAUCGCAUUUGUCAUAUUUUCAAAAACCUUUGUUGAAGCAAAGGUAAAAUAUAAUAAAAAUAAUACGAUUUGGCUGCGGAUGUAAAGCAGGCUCUGUUUCUUUACAUGCCUAGCUCAAUGUUACCGAAUCAUAUUAAAUAGUCUACACAGCUUUUCAAAAAUGAAAGAAGAGUUGCUUUUUAAUGAUAUAAAUAAAUGGUGGAAACCAUAAAAGUAGAUAAUGGAUUGCAAAAUAUUUCAUCCCAACAUAUGAUGAGUUUAGUACCACUAAAUAAACACUCAUAUUACAUAAUAAAACGUUAUUAUUUUUAGUGAUAAAUUAAGUAGUAUAAAUAAAGCAAAUGAACUGAGAAAUAAAUUCUAUGAAUACCCUUUUAAGGACAUUCAGAUUUUAAAGAAAAUGAUACCUCCUAAAUGAAUGAUUAAGAUUUUAAAAAGUGACUUAGUGAAUACAAUUUUAGACACAUUUUAUCAUUUCUUCCUCAACGAAAAUUCCCCGCUUUACACAUUACAAAAAGGGAAGGUUUAUUCUUCCGCUUAUAACAAAAAAAUCCCAUAUAUGGCUUAACUGAUAAGUGAACUAUCCCUACAGGAAUCAGCAAUGUUUUAAUAAAAUCUGAUUGAAAUAAAAUCUUUACAGAUAAAAACAAUGAGAAGUUUGAUUGCCACCAUUGCCCAUGUAGAAAAUAUUUGAAGUAGUAUUCUACAAUUACAUAGAAUCUUUUGCUUUGAUAAUAUCAGAUAUAAUGUCGUUAGUAACUAAAAUAACCUUUUCCCUCUACUUCAAAUUAUGACUAGAACCAUUUGGAAAGUUGAAGGGAAAGUCAUACCAAUUUAUUAUUUUUGUGCAGUUUUGGUAAAAUUGUUUAAAUUAAUCGAAAGUGUAUUGUACUCGGCAUGCUUUCAAGAACUGUUACUGAAGAAAUUAUUAAUUCGCAUCAAAAAGUGUUCGGUCUGGUAGAUAUAAUAAUUCUUCUCUAUUUAUUUGCAUCCCUAGAUUCAAGUAACUGUUUGUCAAAAAUGAAAAUGCCGUCUAAGAAUAUAACUAGAUAAUGUGUCCUUGUUCAUCAUGAAAAUCUUUAUAAAUUCUAUCACUGCAGAGAUUUGAACUUGCAUUAACAACGUAAUAUACAUUACAUUGUUUUGAAGAAUACAUUCAAAUAGUUAAGUGAAUAAAAUGAAUGACGUACAUAGAAUAGAUAAGUAAUGACACUUCAGUUGUUUUUGGCAAAUGAAAGCCAGGUUAUAUCAAUUUCCUUAACUUUACAAUAUAUUUGCUUUGAAUAACGGACCCGUGCAUUUCAAUACUUUAGUUGAAAAUAUGAUUAAAUUAUAUUAUAUUUUGGUCCACUCAAUGUUAAAUUAAAAAACUAUUAAUUUUCAAUAAUAUUUCCUUUAUUAACUUGGUAAUGCUUGAUUAGGUCAUUUUCUAUAAUACUACUCCUUUGAAUGUAUCCAUCAUUUACUGUAUCAGAUGUGAUGAAAUUAUUUUAUGACACAUAUUAGAUUUCAUGAAACAUAAGCUAUGGUGAAAAUGAUACUUUUUUUGUUAUGCAAAGUACGUUGAAUGAGAUAAAAUUGUUCUAGCUGGCCUGAAAAUGUGUCGACACUUUUUUUCUUCUUCAAAGAUUUGCACUCUAUCUACUAUCUUCACCUGAAAAACUUCUGGCUUACCCUACCAACCAGCAAAGUAGUACAUUUACUCUAUCAAGAGUCAUCUUACUUGAUUUCACGAUUUUGCCGUAAUUCAGCUUGGAUGAAUAUUUAAGCUCCAUUUGGUGAAAGCAUCUGAAAAGUAGAUACCAAGCAGAGCAGAAAUAUGUUAUUCUUUCUGUUGACUGUGCGUUUACUACAUUCACAUAAUUUUUAAUCAAAUAAUAUUGUAAAACCGAUUGUUAUGUUAAUUUUGUAAGGGAUUUUUAACAUAACUGGUAAAUAAUUGAUCUAAAAUAUAAGCUGAACAAUUUUUCGCUUAAUAUCCGUAUUGUUUGGAUUUAAUUUUUAAACUGAAAUUUUCUAUUCAGGAAUGAUUUCUGCCCGACGCAUUUUUCUCUCACAUAAUUUCCAUAGAUAAAAAAAAUUGUUUGAAAUAAGUAAAUUUUUUCGAUCUUCAAAUUCAUAACUUCAAUUUAUAUAUUCUUCGGAUGCUGGAAAGAAUUUUCAUUACUGAACAAUGUAAGGAAAAGUUCAAUGAGGCAUAACAUUUCGAAUGCUGUUUAGAGGAGGAUCUAUUGCACUUUGGAGCAGUAAUCGUUUUGUUUUUGUUUAUAUAUAUAAUAUGCAUGCUAUAAGCAUUUAUUUACGAGUUGUGUGUAAGUACAAUAUAAGUAUUUUUUCAUUUCCUCCAAUGUAUUUAAUUAAACUUGAAAGAGUGAUCACUUUGUAUUUUAAUGAAAAUGAUAAUGAAUUACGCGAGAUAAUUAUACUUAAAAAUGAAUACAUAAUUAAUAUAUACUUAAACAAAGAAACUCCAGAUUUCGGUCUUCAUAAGAUAUUUGAUUACAUAUUAAGUAGCAAUGAAAUAUCGUAAUUAUUAUUGUAACUUUACUACAAUAAUUUGCUAUAUCAAUUACUAUUUUUUAAUAUUUUUUGUGUUUAAAGGGCCUAGGAAUAUAUGGAAGAUUUUAUUAUAUUUAUCAGGUAACGGAUUAUUUGUUUAUUAUCUCUUUGAUGUAGAUUUUUUUUGUGAAAUGAAAUGUAGUUCAUAUAUUAUUCUCAGAAAAUGCUGUGUUCCUCUUAUGCUAUUUGAAUAUGCAUAUUUAUUUAAGACUUUUGUUUGAUGCUGAUUAACCGCAUAAACAUUGAUUGUGCACUAUAUUUGUAAAAUAUAAAGAUUAGAUAAGCUGUUGCAUUUUUUAUAUCCUUGAUGAAGAUGUAAUUUUCUUUACUAGGUCGAAGCAAAAUAAUUAAACCUACCAGUGUUUUUGCUUUUUCUAUGGGAAGCGUUUAUACGUUAUGCUUGUUUUGGUGUUAAACUGUAGUUGUAUGUAUCUUUUGUACUUCUCUGUGCAUUUGAAUAAUUUGGUUUUUGAUUUCAAUAAAAUAAAAUUUGCCUUCA